AGUUGAGUCUCAUUUUUUUUGUCGAUCGUCUUCAUCUGGAUUGGCCGCGUUUUGGUUUAGCAUCGUUUUUUUAAUAAAAAUUUCGCGGUUUCGGAUCUGAGUUUAGAAUGCUGCUGCGAUGACGAGGUUGAAUUUUUAGCGAUUUAUGAAUUAUGAUUACUUGUCGAUUGAUUUUCAUCCAUGGAGCUCGUGAGGAGAACCUAGCAUUUAAAAGUUGAGAGAUCAUGGGUCGUCGUGGAGUCAGUAGCGGUGGAGGACAGAGUUCCCUGGGUUACCUUUUUGGAGACGGUGAGGCUCCAAAACCUACUGUCACCAAGGUAGAAGCUCCACAGAAUCAGGGAGCUACUACUACAAGUGAUCCACAGAAAGCUACUGCAGCUGCACCAGCUGCAAAUGCUAAUAAGCAGAUUCCUGCUGGCAUCCAGGGGAGCAACACCAAUAACUAUUUCCGCGCAGAUGGACAAAACACUGGGAAUUUCCUCACUGAUCGCCCAUCUACCAAAGUGCAUGCCGCCCCAGGUGGUGGAUCUUCCCUAGGUUACUUGUUUGGCGAUGGCAAGAACUAGUUCCUUCUGUCCAAAGAUGAAACUGUGUGUUCUUAAAAAAUGAUGAGACUGCUGUUACUGUAUGUUGGUUUAUUUUGUGUAUGGGAAAACAGUGUCGGCAUUCGGAUGAUCCAAUUGUAAUAUGAUAAUCCUUUCCUACUCACUGUUGGGAUUCACUCGAUGCAUGCUUACAGAAAUCAAGUUUUAGUUCGUGCUACUGUUGUUUUAUGCAAUGAUAUAAAAAAUCUCAACUUUUUGCAUCCA